UCUGUCCGAUUGUAAGAGAGAUUAUCUGUAGGAUUUAAUGGAUCUGUCUGAUUGUAGGAGAGAUUAUCUGUAGGAUUUAAUGGGUCUGUCUGAUUGUAGGAGAGAUUAUCUGUAGGAUUUAAUGGAUCUGUCCGAUUGUAGGAGAGAUUAUCUGUAGGAUUUAAUGGAUCUGUCUGAUUGUGGGAGAGAUUAUCUGUAGGAUUUAAUGGUUCUGUCUGAUUGUAAAAGAGAUUAUCUGUAGGAUUUAAUGGAUAUGUCUGAUUGUGGGAGAGAUUAUCUGUAGGAUUUAAUGGGUCUGUCUGAUUGUGGGAGAGAUUAUCUGUAGGAUAUAAUGGAUCUGUCUGAUUGUGGGAGAGAUUAUCUGUAGGAUUUAAUGGAUCUGUCUGAUUGUAAAAGAGAUUAUCUGUAGGAUUUAAUGGAUCUGUCUGAUUGUAAAAGAGAUUAUCUGUAGGAUUUAAUGGAUCUGUCUGAUUUGUAAGAGAGAUUAUCUGUAGGAUUUAAUGGAUCUGUCUGAUUGUGGGAGAGAUUAUCUGUAGGAUUUAAUGGAUCUGUCUGAUUGUAAGAGAGAUUAUCUGUAGGAUUUAAUGGAUAUGUCUGAUUGUGGGAGAGAUUAUCUGUAGGAUUUAAUGGGUCUGUCUGAUUGUGGGAGAGAUUAUCUGUAGGAUUUAAUGGAUCUGUCUGAUUGUGGGAGAGAUUAUCUGUAGGAAUUAAUGGAUCUGUCUGAUUGUGGGAGAGAUUAUCUGUAGGAUUUAAUGGAUCUGUCUGAUUGUAAAGAGAGAUUAUCUGUAGGAUUUAAUGGAUCUGUCUGAUUGUAAGAGAGAUUAUCUGUAGGAUUUAAUGGAUCUGUCUGAUUGUGGGAGAGAUUAUCUGUAGGAUUUAAUGGGUCUGUCUGAUUGUAGGAGAGAUUAUCUGUAGGAUUUAAUGGAUCUGUCUGAUUGUGGGAGAGAUUAUCUGUAGGAUUUAAUGGAUCUGUCUGAUUGUAGGAGAGAUUAUCUGUAGGAUUUAAUGGAUCUGUCUGAUUGUAGGAGAGAUUAUCUGUAGGAUUUAAUGGAUCUGUCUGAUUGUAGGAGAGAUUAUCUGUAGGAUUUAAUGGAUCUGUCUGAUUGUAGGAGAGAUUAUCUGUAGGAGUUAAUGGAUCUGUCUGAUUGUAGGAGAGAUUAUCUGUAGGAUUUAAUGGAUCUGUCUGAUUGUGGGAGAGAUUAUCUGUAGGAUUUAAUGGAUCUGUCUGAUUGUAAGAGAGAUUAUCUGUAGGAUUUAAUGGAUCUGUCUGAUUGUGGGAGAGAUUAUCUGUAGGAUUUAAUGGAUCUGUCCGAUUGUGAUCUGGAUCUGUCCGAUUGUGGGAGAGAUUAUCUGUAGGAUUUAAUGGAUCUGUCUGAUUGUGGGAGAGAUUAUCUGUAGGAUUUAAUGGAUCUGUCUGGUUGUAGGAGAGAUUAUCUGUAGGAUUUAAUGGAUCUGUCUGAUUGUAGGAGAGAUUAUCUGUAGGAUUUAAUGGAUCUGUCUGAUUGUAGGAGAGAUUAUCUGUAGGAGUUAAUGGAUCUGUCUGAUUGUAGGAGAGAUUAUCUGUAGGAUUUAAUGGAUCUGUCUGAUUGUAGGAGAGAUUAUCUGUAGGAGUUAAUGGAUCUGUCUGAUUGUGGGAGAGAUUAUCUGUAGGAUUUAAUUUGUCUGUCUGAUUGUGGGAGAGAUUAUCUGUAGGAUUUAAUGGAUCUGUCUGAUUGCAGGACAGAUUAUCUGUAGGAUUUAAUGGAUCUGUCUGAUUGUGGGAGAGAUUAUCUGUAGGAUUUAAUUGAACACUUCAGAUUGCUUUUUGUGACUGGAUCUGGAUAUUUCCUCCACAGUUUAUAAAAGUGCUGACGUCAAUGGAAAUCAGAAUGUUUAAAAUUGAGGCUACCUUGCUGUCACUGACAGACAUUAGCAGUAACUCAGACACUGACAAUGACUCAGACACGGUUUCAUUUUCAAUCAGAUGUAACUUACUUUAGAUAUUUUUAUCUCCUGCUCUGUAAAUUGAACUUUAAUCACGCACAGUAGACUGUUGCAUGGUCAAGGGGCUAUUAACAGUACAGUGUCAAUUUUGUCAACUAACAUUUUUGAGAUUUAGUCAACUAAAACAAUUCAGAUGACUAAAAUAACUUUGUGCCCAAAUUAACACUGCAGUACAGAAUAUGCAAUAAAGGAAGUGUAAACAUUAGAUUUUUCUUUACAGGAAGUGUUCAGGGAGGCUGUGUAUGUCACAUGCCGGGAGGUGUGGCUAGGGCUCUAUAAACAGAGUGAUUUAACUCCUAAAUGACAGAGAAUUGAGCAGUGAGACUGCAGGGCCAUGAUCUAUACAUUGUAACCGCUUCAUUAAGCUAAGUGUCCCUUUAAUGUCAAUUCACACAGCCCAUUUAAGGUUCAGCUGAUCCAGCUUAGUUUAUGAUUCUGUUUGUAUUCUAAAACAUGUUGUGACUGCAUGCUCUUAUCAUACACUUUUUAUUCUGUGCACAUACAGUCCUGAGGCCAAUUUGAGACAUGUCCAUUCACCAGUGAGAAGUAUGGAAACAAAGAGAGCAGAUCUGGUGAGUGUUUAAUACAGUGUGUAGUAAUUUCACGUCUCCCAUUCUACCGUAUCUCAGUGAAGCAGUUUUGGUGUAUAGAUCAGUCUUACUGCUCAAUUCUCUGUCAUUUUACUGGCAUGACCGGUCUUCUCAAACUAUGCUAAUUACUAUUCACCACAUUGUAGUCCACAGUGAAUAUGGGCAGAUUAACCCCUUAUUGGGGAUAUUCAGUGGAGUCUUCAGAUCGUUAAAUAUCCAGACUGCAAAUUGCAGACAUAGUUCUCACAAUUUAACAGUCUCGGAUUUUGCAAUGCUGGCUCAAAAUGAACCAGAAUUUCAGCCUCUCUAGAUGCGACCUCAUAGUGUAAUUUUAAUAAGACUGGCAGGAGCACACCGCUAACCAGAUUUUUAAAUGGUACUUGCAUCAAAUAAAGUGUGGGGGGCACAUAAUAGGACGUUAGCAUUACGAAUGCAGAUUUUUACCGCUAAAGAUUUAGUGCUUCUUUAACUUUGCAAUAAAUUUCAUAUUUUAAAUGCUCUAAUAAAACUUAUAUUUUAUUAAGCCUUGCAUAUAAUCUGCUUAACUACAAAAAGUCCCCCAAAUCACAAAUAAUACCAGGCAUAUCUUUUUCCUUUUCUCUGUAUAAUAUAACAUUGGAAUUAUAAUAAAUUGUCUUUCUUUAAACGAUCGAUGUUUUUUCAUGCAGAUAGUUGCUUCAUGUGGGAUUGCCACGUUCUUGCCGGCUGUAUACCUCAAAUCGUUCUGGUUCUGAUUGGCCAAUUUCUGUCGAUGGAGACUUUGUGGAUUCAUAUGGAAAAGGUAAAGGAAAGAAUCUUAUUUUGCAAACAGUAAUUUUAUGUCACCCAACUUAUCUGAGAUUAGGGUCACAUAGCAGCAACCCUGCACUGACUUUUCCUUACUAGUGAACAAUAUUCAGAUUAGAUGUUUUGAUUUUAUCUCGAUGUAUAGAGUGUCCACCAUCUCCGGCAAUCUUCCGUUCUAUUGGAAGUAGCUAUAUGGCUAUAACACAUUUUAAAGUCUAUAAAACUGUAUGAAAUUGUAAUAAAUGAAAGGGCCAGCCAUAUGCUAAAAAUAUAAUAGUAUUCGUAAUCUAGUUAAAGUGCACCAUCCGCUUAAAUGGACAAUUUGUAUAGAUUUGUGUCUGACACGGCACAAGAUCCCUGUUUAAUAACGUAUGCAGUGUCGAUCAAUAUCCUGCCAGUCACAGCGUGACGUAAACACGCUCAAGGUGAGCCUUUUUGGGGAAAAGUGUGGUUGCUAUGGUGACAACUUACAGUGUGGCUAGUCUGCGAGUGGUUGGCGUUAAAGAUGGUUAGCCAUAAUUAAUGGUGUUAAAUGUGGUUAGCCAUGGUUAAUGGCGGUAAUGGUGGUUAAUUAUGGAUAAAUGGCGGUAAUGGUGGUUAGCCAUGGUUAAUGGAAUUAAUGGGGGUUAGCCAUGGUUAAUGGAGUUAAAGAUGGUUAGCCAUGGUUGAUGGAGUUAAAGAUGGUUAGCCAUGGUUAAUGGUGUUAAUGGUGGUUAGCCAUGGUAUGUCAAACCAUCUACCGACCAGUUGGACCACCCAGGGGAGUUGUGUGCCUCCAAUUGUUGAGCCAACUAAGUCUGCAGGCAGAAUCCCUUCAAACUCUAUGUAUAGUGAUUAUAUGACUGACAGGGACCCCUCAGUCUCUAUACAUGGAUUACAUGACCGGCAGGGAUCCCUCAGUCUCUAUGCAGUGAUUAUAUGACGGCAGGAUCCCCUCAGUUUCUAUACAGUGAUUACAUGACUGGCAGGGUCCCUCAGUCUCUAUAUAGUGAUUAUAUAACUGGCAGGGUCCCCUCAGUCUCUAUACAGUGAUUAUAUGACGGCAGGGUCCCCUCAGUCUCUAUAUAGUGAUUAAAUGACCGGCAGAGUCCCCUCAGUCUCUAUAUAGUGAUUAUAUGACUGUCAGGGUCCCCUCAGUCUCUAUACAGUGCCUAUAUGACCGGCAGGGUCCCCUCAGUCUCUAUACGGUGAUUAUAUGACGGCAGGGCCCCCUCAGUCUCUAUAUAGUGAUUACAUGACUGGCAGGGUCCCCUCAGUCUCAAUACAGUGAUAAUAUGACCGGCAGGGUCCCCUUAGUCUCUAUACAGUGAUUAUAUGACAGCAGGGUCCCCUCAGUCUCUAUAUAGUGAUUAUAUAACUGGCAGGGUCCCCUCAGUCUCUAUAUAGUGAUUAUAUAACUGGCAGGGUCCCCUCAGUCUCUAUACAGUGAUUAUCUGACUGGCAGGGUCCUCUCAGUCUCUAUACAGUGAUUACAUGACCAGCAGGGUCCUCUCAGUCUCUAUAUAGUGAUUGUAUGACCGGCAGGGUCCCCUCAGUCUCUAUAUAGGGAUUAUAUAGGUUCAAAAAGGCUUUAUUCAAACAUAAGCAUUUCAGGUUUUGCUCUGAUCAAUGUACAACAGCAUGUAUCUAUAGAUUGAACAAGCAGACAGGGUAUAACGGACUCGCAGGUCCCAACGUAGAAUGUGUGAGCAUCACUCAAACAAUGUUACAUAGUAUACCUAUAUGGUACUUGAUCGUGGUUAACACAUUAGAAUAUACAUAUGGGUGACCGGUUUGUAGCUCGAGUAGAGGAGUAUUCGUAAGUUUGUACCUGCGUUUUGUGUUCCUUUAAUAUUUCCUUAUCACCCCUGGGCCUCUUUCUCUUUGGGAUGGUAAGGGCUAGUGGUCUGUCGUUAUAGGUCAGUUGCCGUUCAUGAGUGUGCCUUAUUCGUGUUGUGUGAUCUCAUGAUAGAGGUGUUUGUUUCCAUUUUGAUAUGUAAGUGUGAGUGACUGACACAGCUGUUAGCAAUCUCGGGUUGAGGAGGGCUGCGUUUGUUAUUCAAUUUGUAUAGAAACCAUUGUUGGAGAGUUUAGAAAGAAGAUGAGUGAUAGAUGAGUAAGAGGUAAGAGAAAGAGAGAGGGGGGAUGAGGAGGAGGGAGCGGGUUGGAGGAGGGAUGGGUAGGGAGGUGUGAAAAGGAGGGGGGGUCCCAUCGCCCGUGCCCAUGGUAUUGCACGUAUCUUAUCAGAUGUCAGUCCCCAUCUGUAGGGGGGCGCGGGGUUCCCUGGGGCUGUGGACGGCUAGUCCUAUCUGUGCUUCGGUCCGCUAUAUAGAAUAGCCAUGGGCGCCACCUCUCCACAUGCUUGUCCUCGAGACCCAUAAGUGUAGCCUGCAUUGAUUCCGCUCUGUAUAUUUCUUCCACACGCUCCAUCCAUUGAUAUUCGUUUGUUUCCAGUAUAGCGGAAUCAGUGCCUUGGCCGCGUUAAUUAGGUGUCUGCGAAUGUUUUUCCUAUAUGUUCCUAUGGGGUCUAGUGUGGAGUGCAGAAGGACCGCCUCUGCGUUGAGAUUUCCUUCCGUCCCUGUGAUUUCCCCUAUUUUCUGUAGAACUUCGUCCCAGUAUGGCUUAAUGAGUGAGCAUUCCCACCAUAUGUGUAGUGGCGAACCACGUUCAUCCCCGCAUCUCCAGCAUGUGUCAGGUAUAUUCGGGAAGAUCCUGUGUAGACUGUCGGGCGUUCUUUACCAGAAUGAAAGGAGUUUAUAGUUAGUUUCUUGAUAUUGGGAGCUCGAUGAGCAUUUAUGAUGUAGUAUGAGGAUCUUAUCCCAUUGGGAUGUGGUGAAGGAUGUAUUCAGCAUGCGUUCCCAGCGCCUGCGGAAUUGGUCGUUGUUAGUGAGGUGCCCCACGAGCAUGUGCUGGUAUAAUAGGGAUAUCGCCUUAUCUAGGGUAGUCUUGCGGUCGCAGAGCGUUUCGAACCUGGUUAAGUCCCUAUGUAGCUUUUCCUUGUCUGGAAGUGUCCGAUAGUAUGAUUGGAGUUGUACAUAGCGAAAGGUUUGUAGGCUGGUGGGUUGGUUGCCUUCCAGUAGGUCCCACAGGGGGGUCAUGUCUGUGUUGGUUAACACCUUAUGUAUGGGGAGUGAUUCCCCCUCUCCCAGGAAGGACCAUGCUGCCUGUGGUAGCCCUCCUCCUAUCUGAGGGUUGUAUUGUAUCUGGGUCAUCGGGCUUGGUGUUUGAGAGACGUGAGGAGCUCUUCUGAUACAAUCCCACGCUUUCAGUGUCUGCGCAACGGUAGAGGAUUGUUCCAAAAUCGUCCGUGGCAUCCUCUUCGUAUUUCACACUGAUGUCAGAAAGGAGGGGCCUAUAUGUUGUUUGUCCAAUUCGAUCCAUUGUUUAUGCUCCGGUUGAGUAUGCCACUCCAGUACGCGUUGUAGUACUGUCGCAUGGUGGUAUUUGCGGAGGUCGGGGAGCGCCAGUCCCCCCAUGCUCGAGGUAAGCAGAGGACGUCCUGUCGGAGUCUUGCCUGUUUCCCACUCCAAACGAACUUCACCAUCGCGGAACGGAGUGACGCGAAAUAUGCCGUCGGUAGAGCUUGCGGAAUCGUCUGAUAUAAAUAUAAUAGCCGUGGUAGGAUAUUCAUCUUAAGAAUUGCGAUUCGCCCGAACCACGAAAUGUGUGGGUAUGUCCAUGUUUUCAAAUCCUGUUGGAUUAAUUGCAGCAGUGGUAAGAAGUUUGUUCGGUACAUGUCACCCAGGUCUCUGGUAAUUGCGAUACCUAGGUACUGCAUGUGGUUUGCGCACCAUCUAAACGGAAACUGGUUUUUCAGUACGUUUGUUUAGGCCGUUGGAAUGGUAAUGUUGAGUACUUCACAUUUAUUCAUGUUCAAUUUGAAUCCUGAGACCUCUCCGUUGUUCGUGAUCAUAGCGACUAAGUGGGGCAUUGUUGCCUCCGGGUCCUUGAUAAAAAAUAGAAGAUCAUCCGCGUAUGCCGCUACUUUGUGUGUGGUAUUACCGCUUUUGAAGCCCAUGAUUGCAUCCGAUGUGCGCACCGCUUCUAGGAACUGUUCGAGAGCCAGGGCGAAGAGCAUGGGGGAGAGUGGACACCCCUGUCUUGUCCCAUUGUGGAUCGGGAAGGAAUCGGUAAGCGCUCCGCUUACUCUCACCUUUGCAUUGGGGCAAUGGUAGAGCGCAUCAAUCCAUUUCAUCAUGUUCCCUCCGAAGCCCAUUUCCCGGAGUGUGGUUACAAGGAAUGUCCAAUCAACCCGGUCGAAUGCUUUUUCCGCAUCCGUCGACAGUAGCAGGAGCUUAUCCAUUGAUCUCUUUGCCAGGUGAUGGAUGGAUUGUACUCUAAGGGUGCUGUAACAGAACCGCUGGCACCCCGACCGGGUACCUUCCGCCGACGGAUGCUCCUAGUGCUUUCCGAGGACUCCAAGCACUCUGCCCGACAACAUUACCGCUGCAGACCCCACGAACCGCCGCAGCUUGGUUGGGGUCUCGCCGUCUCCACCCACUCUGGACCCAAGACCAGGGUCCAGCUUCCAGUAGGUCGACCUCUCCGAAUUCCAGAGAGCAGGAACAGGAACAAGCUCUUAGCAGAGCUUAGUGAUUAUACCCUGGGGAGUAUAGUGAUUAUAGCAAUCCCCAGAGUGUAGUUUCUCCAAUCCCCCAAACAUGAGCCGAAACUUCAUGAAGGUACAAGAUGAUCUGACUCCAAUGAGCGUUUAUUACUCCUUAUAUACAAGUUUUCAGGUCAGAGGCACACCCCUGGACCUGGUGGUAAACUGUGACAAAAGGGACACAAACCAAUGGGAACACUAAUUAACAUGAUAACACUCUCACAUACACAAUGAAAUCCCUCCUCUCCAUCCUGGAGAUAAUUGGCUUAAGGCACUGCAGUAAACUCAAUUAUCUCCAGGUACAGAAAAUAUCUACAUUUAACACUAACAGCAAAAAUACGUGAAAGUACAUAAAAAUACAUAAUUCUUAUUUUAUUACACAGAACCCCCACAUUUAACCUAUCCCCAGAUAGCUCGGAUCUGAGCGCCCAAUCUAGGUGAACAGCGCUCAGAUCCCAUGAACAGAGUAGAUUUUCCACGAGGUAAAGCAUAGCAAGGGCUGUUGAGAAACCAAGGAGGGACAAAAGCAGUCAGUUCCAACUGGUUUGGCAGUGUGCCUGGGACAACGCCCUGCUGGAGAACAAUAGACAGGAAACGGGGGAGGGGAAGAAACACACCUUCCCAUGGAUUCAAAUGGGAAGAAACUGUCUUUAGAAGCCAAUAAGCCCCAAAUAGUCUUUUUAAAUGGCAAUACACCCCAGGGCCAUAGUCAUGAGGAAGGAGGCUGGCAAUCAGGCUCCUCCAAAAGCCGGGGGACAAAGGGCAGCUUGUCACCUAACAAUCCAGGGACAAAAGGCAUUUCGUCACACAUCUCCCCUUUGGGGGGGAGACUAACCAGGUACCUGACCUGUCGGUCAGUGCCUGAGUUAGUCGAUAAACCCACCCACAGUGAACAAGUACAUGAGUAGCCCACCCACAAAUAACAAGUGGCAAAGUAGCCCCCCCACAAUAAACAGUACUGGCCGGUAGGUUCCAGGUUGUAGGAUAAAAAUGCAGCAUCCUCGGCCUUCCUGGUGCAGCUGGGCAAAUAGCUGGUGGUACUUGGGGGGCAAAGGCCAGCGGCGCUCUGCCCUGAUGUCAGCUCUUGCGCUGGGAUAGCCGGCAGAAUGUCAAGCUCUGUACAAGGGUCGAAGGGAGGGCAGAGGCCAACUGCACUCUGCCCAGCUGCCAGCUCUUCCGCUUGUCAGGCUCUGGACAAGGGACACAGGGAGGGCAGAGGCCGACUGCACUCUGCCCAGCUGUCAGCUCUUCUGCUGGGGUGCUAGGAACAUAGUCCGGCUCAGUAGCCAGGGGAACAUGGGAGUCAGUGGGGGUUAACAUCUCCUCUGUUAACCCUGGGGCCAAGUUAGGAGUUAGCUGGGGAGGGGAAUUCGUACUUACCCCCUCCUCCUGUUGUCCCUGUGAGGGUAGUUGGGGAUCUGGACAGGCUGUCCAGCAUCCCUGUUGGUCGGGCACGGAGACCACGGUCCCCUCUGCACCAUCUGGGAGAAUGGUGUCUCCCCUUGGUAGGGUAAGCUGCCGCUGGGGAGAUAGGGUGCUGUGCUCCUCUCCCUGAAACACAGUCUGCCGCUGGAGAGGGAGACCGCCUGUCUCCACUCCCAUAACAUUGUCAUGCUGCUGGAGAGAGAGACCAACUGUCUCUGCUCCCGGUAGGACACACUGCUGCUGGGGGGGAAGGACGACACCCUCGGCCCCCUGGAAUUCACACUGCCGCUGGGGAGGAAGGGCGACACCUUCGGCUCCCUGUAAUUCACACUGCUGCUGGGGAGGAAGGACGACACCUUCGGCUCCCUGUAAUUCACACUGCCGCUGGGGAGUAAGAGUGACUGUCUCAACUCCCAGUGAUGAUGGUUGCUGCAGGGACGAGGGACCGACAAUCUCCUCUCCCUGGGAUGCUGUCUGCCGCUGGGGAGAGAGACCGGUUGUCUCCUCUCCCUUGACAACCCACUGCCGCUGGGGAGUCAGAGCGACUGUCUCAACUCCCAGUGAUGUUGGUUGUUGCAGGGACGAGGGACCGACAAUCUCCUCGCCCUGGGAUGCUAUCUGCCGCUGGGGAGAGAGAUCAAUUGGCCACAGCCCUAAUCUCCGCAAUCGGAGCUCAAAUUCCCAUGCUGCUCGAUUCUCCUCAUCCAACUUGCGCAUGGUUGCCAGAAUCUGGUUAACCGCCUCUUGACCUCCUCCCUGUAAGCGUCGCCCUCAAAGCGAUAGGUCAUGUUUGCUGUGAACAGGGGCGCUGUACGAAUACUAGCAUUGCCCUCAAAUUGUAAUUCCAAAUGUUACCGGUGCCUCUGCGCUGCUUCUCCUCGCACUAGGACGCCAUCCCACCGCUGCCACCACUGUAACGGAACCGCUGGCACCCCGACCUGGUACCUUCCGCCGACGGAUGCUCCUAGUGCUUUCCGAGGACUCCAAGCACUCUGCCUGACACCAUAACCACUGCAGACCCCACGAACCGCCGAAGCUUGGUUGGGGUCUCGCCGUCUCCACCCACUCUGGACCCAGGACCAGGGUCCAGCUUCCAGCAGGUCGACCUCUCUCCCAAUUCCAGAGAGCAGGAACAGGAACAAGCUCUUAGCAGAGCUUAGUUAUUAUACCCUGGGGAGUAUAGUGAUUAUAGCAAUCCCCAGAGUGUAGUUUCUCCAAUCCCCCAAACAUGAGCCAAAACUUCAUGAAGGUACAAGAUGAUCUGACUCCAAUGAGCGUUUAUUACUCCUUAUAUACAAGUUUUCAGGUCAGAGGCACACCCCCUGGACCUGGUGGUAAACUGUGACAAAAGGGACACAAACCAAUGGGAACACUAAUUAACAUGAUAACACUCUCCCAUACACAAUGAAAUCCCUCCUCUCCAUCCUGGAGAUAAUUGGCUUAAGGCACUGCAGUAAACUCAAUUAUCUCCAGGUACAGAAAAUAUCUACAUUUAACACUAACAGCAAAAAUACGUAAAAGUACAUAAAAAUACAUAAUUCUUAUUUUAUUACACAGAACCCCCACAUUUAACCUAUCCCCAGAUAGCUCGGAUCUGAGCGCCCAAUCUAGGCGAACAGCGCUCAGAUCCCAUGAACAGAGUAGAUUUUCCACGGGGUAAAGCAUAGCAAGGGCUGAUGAGAAACCAAGGAGGGACAUAAACAGUCAGUUCCAACUGGUUUGGCAGUGUGCCUGGGACAACGCCCUGCUGGAGAACAAUAGACAGGAAACGGGGGAGGGGAAGAAACACACCUUCCCAUGGAUUCAAAUGGGAAGAAACUGUCUUUAGAAGCCAAUAAGCCCCAAAUAGUCUUUUUAAAUGGCAAAACACCCCAGGGCCAUAGUCAUGAGGAAGGAGGCUGGCAAUCAGGCUCCUCCAAAAGCCGGGGACAAAGGGCAGCUUGUCACCUAACAAUCCAGGGACAAAAGGCAUUUCGUCACAGGUGCUAUCCCUAGCCUCCCUCCCAGGGAUGAACCCCGUCUGAUCUGUAUGGACCAAUCUCGGGAGUAUUCUUCCGAUUCUGGUGGAUAGUAUUUUGGUGAGGAGCUUCACGUCCACAUUUAGCAGUGAUAUUGGUCUAUAGCUGCUGCAGAGUUCGGGAUCUUUCCCCGGUUUCGGGAGGACCGUUAUAGUUGCCGCUAGGGAUUCGGGUCUGAACUGGGCGCCGUCCACCAAAGCGUUGAACGCGUUGGUGAGUUUCGGGAGCAGUAUGUGAAAGGUAAAUCUGCUACUCUGGUGACUCGGUCCCUCUGGUCACUAUUCUCCAACCCUCGAUUGUCAGCUGAAUAUUCAGGGAAGAUUUUUAUGGAAGCGUAUUAACCAGACACACACUCUUUGCUUUCCAUAAUCUUCUGACAAUGUAUUCAAAAUGCUCUGUAUUUAUACAAUAUUUGUCACGAAUAUUGGUUACAAAAGGUUACAAAAAGGUUACAAAAAGGUUACACAAGAUACAUAAAAGAGGAAGCAGUUUCUGCUGUUACAUUCAAUAAUCUAAACUUACAAAAUAUCACAUACACAUUGUGGUUAGGCAUUUCCUGAUACAUAGAAACUGUCAUAGCUUGUGACUUCCUUUCAGUUAUGUUUUGCAAGCAGUUCUGAAAUACUGACAGAUUAAUUGUUUAACCCCUUAAGGACCAGAUUUCUGGAAUAAAAGGGAAUCAUGACAUGUCAUGUGUCCUUAAGGGGUCAAUAUUCCUUCAGUAUGGUUCGGAAUUUUUUAUAAUAGUCCAGGGUGAAGCCAUCAGGGCCUGGGGCCCGACCCGUUUUGGCGGUCUUGAUUGCUCCUGCCACUUCUGCCUCCGUGAUCGGUGUAUCCAGUAACUCUAGUUCCCCUUGCUGCAAUCGCGUCUUCACGUGUGAUUCGAUGUAACUCCUUAUUCUGUCUCGUCUGAUUGCCAUCUCCUCCGGGAGUGUAGGUCCCGGGAUGUUGUAUAACGAGGCGUAGAACGUGCGGAACUCGGAUGCUAUUUUAUCCGGGAAUUGUGUGAUCGUGCCAUCUGACGUCCGUAGCUUAUGGACCUGGGUCAUGCUCUGGGGGCCUCUAAUCAUUCUGGCCAGCAGACUCCCUCCUUUGUUGGCGUGUUGGUAAAAGAAGGCCUUCGAGCGCUGUAUUGAGCUAUAGUAUCGAGUCGUCAUGUGGGCAUGGAGAGAUCUUCGGGCUUCCAAUAAUUCUUUAUAUGUCUCCUCGAGAUGGGAGCGUUUGUGUUGUAUUUCGAGCUCAUUUAUGCGUGUUAAUAGAUCCGUCAUAUGUCUCCGAGAUUCUCUUUUCUUCUUAGAAGCUAAGCGCAUCAGUGUGCCCCUGAGCACACUUUUGUGGGCUUCCCAUAUCGUGGUCGCGGAGAGAUCAUCUGUAUCGUUCAGUGCGAAAUAGGAAGUGAGUUCCUCGGAGACCAUUUCCUUCACCGCAGGGUCUAAGAGUAGGGAGUCCUGGAGUCGCCAUGUCCUAGUGGAUGGGCGCACCCUGGGGGAGUCCAUUUGUAGGGUCACAGGUCCAUGAUCCGACCAGCUUGCCGAUCCAAUUUCUGCUUUUUGGAUGGCGUCAAGGUGUUCCUGUUGAAGAAAGAUAUAGUCAAUCCUCUCGUAUCUCUUAUGUAUCACUGAGUAGUGGGUGUAUCCCCUGUCCUCCGGGUGCAUUGCGCGCCAACAGUCCACCAGCCUAAGGUUCUUAAGAGAUUUCUGUAUGCUUCGGAGGGCUCCUUGGGUGAUGCUGCUGUGUCCCGUGGACGAGUCUAUUAGAGGGAUGAGGGGUACAUUGAGGUCUCCUCCAACGAUCAACGUGCCCUCUGUGAAUGAGGAGAGAUUUACGUAUGAAGUGUGAUUGGUUGUUGUUUGGAGCAUAGAUCGUCGCGAGAGUGUACCUACGGUUCUGUAUGUCUCCCUUAAGGAACAGGUAUCUGCCGUUAGGGUCAACCAUCCGUUCCGCUUCCUGGAACUGUAGUUUAGUAUGAGUGAGAACCGCUACGCCUGCCUUACGUGCAGUCGGGUGGUUGCUAUGAGCCGCAUUGGGAUAGUGUUUGCUUUUCAACAGCGGAGCAUGUCCUUCCUUAAAAUGUGUUUCCUGUAGGAAAGCAAUUGAUAUGUGCUUAGAGGAUAGCUCCCGAAGGAGUUGCAAUCUGCGCUCCGGGAUAUUUAGGCCCCUGCAGUUCAUGGUUGUGACGCGUAAAGGAUCAGGUUCGUAGGCCAUUUGUGGUGGGUGGGGGCGGUUCACUAUGACCUUUGACGGUUUGUUUACCCUUCUAAGCGGUGUCUGCUAUCGAGUGUUGCCCCGUCCCCUUGGGAGUUCUGUAGGCACUAAGGCAAUGGGGGGGAUGAGGUAAUCGUGGAGAGGCUGGGGGGGGGUGUUGGAUCAGAGUCGUAGGGGGGAUGAGGCAGGGGAUAGAGAAGGGUUUGAGAUAGAGUAUGGAGAGUCCCCUGUCUGCGCGACUGUACAGGCAGGGGUAUGAAGGUGAAGAUGGGUUUACCGACUCCAGAGGGAGACGGUUACGGCACCUAGAAGUAGGUGUCAGAAAUCCCUCCUGUGAGGGCUGGUUCGCGUGACCACGGCAGCAGUCGGGUCUGUCAGAGAAUAUCUAACGACCUCCAACUAUCGACUCUCCGUGGUUCGAGUUUGUUCACGCGAACUUGUCGGGGGUUGGUGGUCGUGUCCUUGUGUUCUCACCAAAUUAGGAUGUGUUCACUGGUUGUCGUUUUAGGUAUAUAAGUCCGAGAUUACCUAACGGGUGUGCCACCACUAUGGGAGCAUUCGAACGUCUUUUGCUCGUGUUAGUGUUAGUAAUGGGCCUGAUCUAGUGUCAUCAGCGGCUAUCAGUAUUGUCGUUAUUUGUAGCCUAUCCAGGGGAUAUCGUGGGGGUGCGGGGGCGUGGGUCCCACCCCUUAAUAUUCCUUAUUCGUCCCCUCCUCUGGUGCGAUAAGGUGUGAGUGGUCGCAAGUUGAUGUGGGUCACUGCACGGGCAAGGAAUCGAGAGUUGUCAGUCGGGGAGUUUGACUAACGUAGUGUAACCGAGCAAAGGAGCGGUUGUGGGCGAUGCGGUUAGUGCCAGGGUCAAAAUCUAUAUCAUGUCGAGGCUAAGUCCUGGGUCAGGAACAUGAGCAGGGCGGUGCCCCGGUGGGUCGUGUUUGUCGUGUGGUCUACGGGAUGUUAGGCUAAGCCUGGGGGGAAGUGGGAUCAUCACCAUCCAUUUCAAUGGGAGAGCUGUCAUAGUUAGUGUCAUGGUGAACAAUACAGAAUGCAUAUCAUACCUUACAGUACGUUCCCUCCCCAGCCAAAUCACAGAUUAGGACAUAUAUACAGUAGGUGCAGUGUUGAAUCCCCUUCACGUACCCCUUAACUCCUAUUCUCCUUCUGCAACUCCCUCAUCCCACCUUAGCGUACCUUUUUGUAACCAUAUCUAGGCCUGAGGGGAACGGGUGAUAUCGCUCACUGUGACCUCCAGUUAGACCCCCUGUAUCUAUGGCCCAUCAGGUAUCUAUGCAAAGGGGGUCUCUAAAUUCCCCCUCCAUCACUCCCGUAUCCUCCCCCACCCCCCCAAUUCGGAGCUGCUGGUCUAAGAUCCCAGCAAUUUGUGUCCCGCUGGCUCUAAGCUACCCCACAUGCAAUCAAAUACAAUCCCAUAAGUCUCGCCUUCCCACCCGCUCCCCACAUAAGUCUAUAAUAUGUGGUCUGCCUGAACCUGUUGGUACGAGUCCUCCUGAAUGAUAUGUCUCUGCCGAUAUGGGUGUUCUUCUCCAGAUCAGACUCUUGUGCCGGCACCAUGGAGGCGUGGUAGUAAGCCGAGCCAGGUGAUCCGGCCCGAUAUUCUUCAGCCUCUCAGGGCUCCCCAUGUGGCUAUCACAAGCCCUCCCCCCUCCCAAAAGAGUCUUGUGGUGAUGCCACCCCCGUGGGCCAUAGGCUAUGGAAAGGUGGGUAUAGGGUGGGGGAUAGCUUGGCCAGUUGGGCCUUUCAAAACGGUUACCAUCAGUUCCAUCUCCUGUGGUCAAGAGCGUGUUACGUCCCUCCCAGUCCCUACCCAAACUGUGUAGGUCGCCAGGCGUGUGCACACCACAAACAUCCCGCGGAGUCGUCCCCUUGGAUCAGGGGGUUGUGAGCUAUGGGUAUUGACUGCGGGCCACUGCUUUCGUCGAUAUCAUCUCGUGCAGUCGGUUCUCGGGUGACAUAGUAGAGCCGAGCCCGGUGCCACCAGGGCUUGGCUAUUCCUCUGGGUUGGACGGGUGUGAAGGCGCUUUGUGUAUGCGGUUUUCCCUGGGGCCCCUUCGUGGGGUCCGCGGUUAUCUCUGGGUUCUGGGUUCUCGGUCCAGAGGUCCAGGGGUCCAUUUGUACGGGAUAUUGCGUUCCCUCAAUGCUGUAGUGAUAGGUCUGAGAGCGCGUCUAGCUUCUAACGUGGUAGGAGAAAGGUCGUUGUAUAGGGAGACCUCUGCCUCUUGAUAGCGCCACGUGGGUCUAGUCCUGGCCCGUUGCAUUAUGCGGUCUUUAAGGGGGAAUGAAUGUAAGCAGCAUAUAAUGUCCCUGGGGUCCCCAUCUCUAAUUCUGGGUCUCAGGGCCCUAUGUGCACGCUCGAAGCGUAUAUUUGGCGGUGCGUCAGUCCCCAGGAUUUGGAGGAAGAGCGCGGUGAGCAGCUCCUCUACAUUUUCCGGCCCCUCACCCUCUGGUACCCCUCUUACCCGGAUGUUUGAGCGGCGGCUCCGGUUAUCCAGGUCCUCUAUUUGUCUGCGCAGGGCCAGCAGCAUGUUGCCCUGCCUUGUUAAGGCUGUGUCUGCAGCAGUUGCUUGGUGCUGUGAUUCUAGGGCCUGGGUUUCCAAUGCCUGGAUGCGUCCGCCCUGUGCCUCCAUAUCUGUGCGCAGUGCCGUGACCGCUGACGUGAGGGAGGUCGUGAGGGUGGCUGUCAGGGACUGUAGGUCGCAUUUGGUGACCAUAUUGGCUCCUGAUUUCAGUCUCCUGAUUUCUGCCCCUAUAUCAGCCAGAGUAGGCUGGUCGGGCUCCGAGCAGGAGGAAGCUGGAGAGACAGGCGCCAUCUUGGAGCCGUGCGCCUCGCGGCCCUAUCCCAGCGGGGUUUGCAGGAACCUGUCCAUCGGUCCUGAUGGCGGUGCCGGCGGUGCUGCCCUGGGGGUAUGCUGGGUCUGCUGUCUCUUUGUGCGUCCCAUUUAAGCAGGCUAGCGGGUGUCAGACGGCUAAUGAUAGCUCGGUGGCGAGGAGCUCGGGACUUACACGUCCAUGCCUGUCGGACUUCAGGCCACGCCCCCCUAUAUAGGGAUUAUAUAACUUUCAGUCUCUAUACAGUGAUUAUAUGACGGCAGGGUCCCCUCAGUCUCUAUACAGUGAUUAAAUGACUGACAGGGUACCUCAGUCUCUUUACAGUGAUUAAAUGACUGGCAGGGUCCCUCAGUCCCUAUAUAGUGAUUAUAUGACCGGCAGGGUCCCCUCAGUCUCCGUAUAGUGAUUACAUGAAGGCAGGGUCCCCUCAGUCUCUAUACAGUGAUUAUAUAACUGGUAGGGUCCCCUCAGUCUCUAUACAGUGAUUAUCUGACCGGCAGGGUCCCCUCAGUCUCUAUACAGUGAUUAUAUGACCGGCAGGGUCCCCUCAGUCUCUAUACAGUGAUUAUAUGACGGCAGGGUCCCCUCAGUCUCUAUACAGAGAUUAUAUGACGGCAGGGUCCCCUCAGUCUCUAUACAGUGAUUAUAUAAGUGGCAGGGUCCCCUCAGUCUCUAUAUAGUGAUUAUAUGACGGCAGGGUCCCCUCAGUCUCUAUACAGUGAUUAUAUGACGGCAGGGUCCCCUCAGUCUCUAUACAGAGAUUAUAUGACGGCAGGGUCCCCUCAGUCUCUAUACAGUGAUUAUAUAAGUGGCAGGGUCCCCUCAGUCUCUAUACGGCAGGGUCCCCUCAGUCUCUAUACAGUAAUUAUAUAUAUAUGGCAAGAUCCCCUCAGUCUCUAUAUAGUGAUUAUAUAACUGGCAGGGUCCCCUCAGUCUCUAUACAGUGAUUAUAUGACGGCAGGGUCCCUUCAGUCUCUAUAUAGUGAUUAAAUGACCAGCAGGGUCCCCUCAGUCUCUAUAUAGUGAUUAUAUAACUGGCAGGGUCCCCUCAGUCUCUAUAUAGUGAUUAUAUAACUGGCAGGGUCCACUCAGUCUCUAUACAGUGAUUAUAUAACUGGCAGGGUCCCCUCAGUCUCUAUACAGUGAUUAUAUAACUGGCAGGGUCCCCUCAGUCUCUAUAUAGUUAUUAUAUGACAGCAGGGUCCCCUCAGUCUCUAUACAGUGAUUAUAUUUUACAAGAAAGGUAAUAGGGAGGAGUCGGGCAACUAUAGGCCAGUAAGCCUUACUUCAGUAGUGGGGAAAGUGAUGGAAACCAUGUUAAAGGAUAGGAUUGAUGAACAUCUAAAAACACAUGGAUUUCAAGAUCAGAGACAACAUGGGUUUACUUCAGGGAGAUCAUGCCAAACUAAUCUUAUUGAUUUUUUGAUUGGGUAACUAAAAUUAUAGAUCAGGGUGGUGCAGUAGACAUUGCUUACCUAGAUUUCAGUAAGGCUUUUGACACUGUUGCACAUAGAAGGCUUAUCAAUAAACUGCAAUCUUUAAGUUUGGAUUCAAAUAUUGUUGAAUGGGUAAGGCGGUGGCUGAGUAACAGGCAACAGAGGGUUGUAGUUAAUGGAAUAUAUUCGAAGCUUGGACUUGUCACCAGUGGGGUACCUCAGGGAUCUGUACUUGGACCCAUUCUCUUUAAUAUUUUUAUUAGUAUUAUUGCAGAAGGUCUUGAUGGUAAGGUAUGUCUUUUUGCUGAUGAUACUAAGAUAUGUAACAGGGUUGAUGUUCCAGGAGGGAUAAGCCAAAUGACAAAUGAUUUGGGUAAACUAGAAAAAUGGUCAGAAUUGUGGCAACUGACAUUUAAUGUGGAUAAGUGCAAGAUAAUGCAUCUUGGGCGUAAAAACCCAAGGGCAGAGUACAGAAUAUUUGAUAGAGUCCUAACCUCAACAUAUGAGGAAAGGGAUUUAGGGGUGAUUAUUUCUGAUGACUUAAGGUAGGCAGACAAUGUAAUAGAGCAGCAGGAAAUGCUAGCAGAAUGCUUGGUUGUAUAGGGAGAGGUAUUAGCAGUAGAAAGAGGGAAGUGCUCAUGCCAUUGUACAGAACACUGGUGAGACCUCACUUGGAGUAUUGUACACAGUGCUGGAGACCGUAUCUUCAGAAGGAUAUUGAUACCUUAGAGAGAGUUCAGAGAAGGGCUACUAAACUGGUUCAUGGAUUGCGGGAUAAAACUUACCAGGAAAGGUUAAGGAUCUUAACAUGUAUAGCUUGGAGGAAAGACGAGACAGGGGGGAUAUGAUAGAAACAUUUAAAUAUAUAAAGGGAAUCAACACAGUAAAGGAGGAGACUAUAUUUAAAGAAGAAAAACUACCACAACAAGAGGACAUAGUCUUAAAUUAGAGGGACAAAGGUUUAAAAAUAAUAUCAGGAAGUAUUACUUUACUGAGAGGGUAGUGGAUGCAUGGAAUGGCCUUCCAGCUGAAGUGGUAGAGGUUAACACAGUAAAGGAGUUUAAGCAUGCAUGGGAUAGGCAUAAGGCUAUCCUAACUAUAAGAUAAGGCUAGGGACUAAUGAAAGUUUUUAGAAAAUUGGGCAGACUAGAUGGGCCGAAUGGUUCUUAUCUGCCGUCACAUUCUAUGUUUCUAUGUUUCUAUAUGACGGCAGGGUCCCCUCAGUCUCUAUACAGUGAUUAUAUAACUGGCAAGAUCCCCUCAGUCUCUAUACAGUGAUUAUAUGACGGCAGGGUCCCCUCAGUCUCUAUAUAGUUAUUAUAUGACAGCAGGGUCCCCUCAGUCUCUAUACAGUGAUUAUAUGACGGCAGGAUCCCCUCAGUCUCUAUAUAGUGAUUAUAUAACUGGCAGGGUCCCCUCAGUCUCUAUAUAGUGAUUACAUGACCGGCAGGGUCCCCUCAGUCUCUAUACAGUGAUUACAUGACCGGCAGGGUCCCCUCAGUCUCUAUAUAGUGAUUAUAUAACUGGCAGGAUCCCCUCAGUCUCUAUACAGUGAUUAUAUAACUGGCAAGAUACCCUCAGUCUCUAUAUAGUGAUUAUAUAACUGGCAGGAUCCCCUCAGUCUCUAUACAGUGAUUAUAUGACGGCAGGGUCCCCUCAGUCUCUAUAUAGUUAUUAUAUGACAGCAGGGUCUCCUCAGUCUCUAUACAGUGAUUAUAUGACGGCAGGGUCCCCUCAGUCUCUAUACAGUGAUUAUAUGACGGCAGGGUCCCCUCAGUCUCUAUACAGUAAUUAUAUAUAUAUGGCAAGAUCCCCUCAGUCUCUAUAUAGUGAUUAUAUAACUGGCAGGGUCCCCUCAGUCUCUAUACAGUGAUUAUAUGACGGCAGGGUCCCUUCAGUCUCUAUAUAGUGAUUAAAUGACCAGCAGGGUCCCCUCAGUCUCUAUAUAGUGAUUAUAUAACUGGCAGGGUCCCCUCAGUCUCUAUAUAGUGAUUAUAUAACUGGCAGGGUCCCCUCAGUCUCUAUACAGUGAUUAUAUAACUGGCAGGGUCCCCUCAGUCUCUAUACAGUGAUUAUAUAACUGGCAGGGUCCCCUCAGUCUCUAUAUAGUUAUUAUAUGACAGCAGGGUCCCCUCAGUCUCUAUACAGUGAUUAUAUGACGGCAGGGUCCCCUCAGUCUCUAUACAGUGAUUAUAUAACUGGCAAGAUCCCCUCAGUCUCUAUAUAGUGAUUAUAUAACUGGCAGGAUCCCCUCAGUCUCUAUACAGUGAUUAUAUGACGGCAGGGUCCCCUCAGUCUCUAUAUAGUGAUUAUAUAACUGGCAGGAUCCCCUCAGUCUCUAUACAGUGAUUAUAUGACGGCAGGGUCCCCUCAGUCUCUAUACAGUGAUUAUAUGACGGCAGGAUCCCCUCAGUCUCUAUAUAGUGAUUAUAUAACUGGCAGGGUCCCCUCAGUCUCUAUAUAGUGAUUACAUGACCGGCAGGAUCCCCUCAGUCUCUAUACAGUGAUUACAUGACCGGCAGGGUCCCCUCAGUCUCUAUACAGUGAUUAUAUGACGGCAGGGUCCCCUCAGUCUCUAUACAGUGAAUAUAUAACUGGCAAGAUCCCCUCAGUCUCUAUAUAGUGAUUAUAUAACUGGCAGGAUCCCCUCAGUCUCUAUACAGUGAUUAUAUGACGGCAGGGUCCCCUCAGUCUCUAUACAGUGAUUAUAUGACGGCAGGGUCCCCUCAGUCUCUAUACAGUGAUUAUAUGACGGCAGGAUCCCCUCAGUCUCUAUAUAGUGAUUAUAUAACUGGCAGGGUCCCCUCAGUCUCUAUAUAGUGAUUACAUGACCGGCAGGGUCCCCUCAGUCUCUAUACAGUGAUUACAUGACCGGCAGGGUCCCCUCAGUCUCUAUACAGUGAUUAUAUGACGGCAGGAUCCCCUCAGUCUCUAUACAGUGAUUACAUGACCGGCAAGGUCCCCUCAGUCUCUAUAGAGUGAGUAUUGCUUUCUAUAUGGCAGUUCAUAAAGUGCAUUUUGUCUAAUAAAGUUUUUUUUGGUUACUAGUAUGUUGCAGGAACAGUGAGGACAUCCUGAAAUAUCCAGCACCCAGUGAUACUGAGAGCAAUUUAACACCGAGAAACCUGACAUCCAUGGAAACCAAUGCAUGUAAGUGUAAAUCACCCGGUGAUAACUGUCGGUAACUGUAAAUCACUCGGUGAUAAUUGUCCGUAACUGUAAAUCACCCGGUGAUAACUGCCGGUAAUUGUUAAACUUUUAAAGUUAUAAGAAUUGUGUAAAAACUGUAUAUUUUCCUGUCUUUGAUAGUUACGCUAGCCCAUUGUGUUCAGUAAUUAUAUCACAGGCAAAGGGGAGGAUUUUGCUGUAAUGAAUGGGAGUGUUUAACUGUGUGUCUGUUUAUGAUUGCUUGUUACGUUUAUGUUUCCAGUAUCCAACAAGGUCCACGUGGGUGGUAACCUUGUUGGAAAAUGUAUAUAAAAGAAGCAACAAAGCCUCAGUGCACUCUGUUUUUGUUUGACCCUCAACACGUAAUCUUGUCUCGUGAAUCGAGGGGAACUGCUAUAAUCACACUGGGGAAUGCAACACUUUGUAUAGUCCCUUGAACUCUACAAGUCACUUAGCUCUUUUAAGAGCUGUUCCCGGUACACUCUCCUGGAGGUGAGGUUUUUUUCCACACGGUCCUGGAGGACAGAAGCUGAUCCAGGGUGGAAGGAAGACGGCGAGACUUCAGUUACGCUACGGCGGUUGUGGAGUCUGCGGUGGUUGUGGUGUCCGGUGCGGUGCUUGUGGUCCUUGGCGCAAGAUAGGAAGCAUCCAUCAACGGAAGGUACUUGUUUGGAGUACAGGUGAUCCGUUACAGCCGGUAAUUGUAAAACAUCCGGUGAUAACUGACGGUAACUGUAAAACAUCCAGUGAUAACUGUCGGUAAUUGUAAAACAUCCAGUGAUAACUGUUGGUAACUGUAAAACAUCUCGUGUUAACUGCCAAUAUUUGUAAAAUACCCGGUGAUAACUGUUGGUAACUGUAAAGCAUCCAGUGAUAACUGACGGUAAUUGUAAAACACCCGGUGAUAACUGUAAAAUAUCCAGUGAUAACUGUCGGUAACUGUAAUACAUCCAGUGAUAACUGCCGGUAACUUUAAAACAUCUGGUGAUAACUGCCGGUAACUGUAAAACAUCCGGUGAUAACUGCCGGUAACUGUAAAACAUCCGGUGAUAACUGACGGUAACUGUAAAACAUCCGGUGAUAACUGUCGGUAAUUGUAAAACAUCCGGCGAUAACGGUCGGUGGUUGUAAAAGAGCCGGUGAUUACUCCAGGAUUAUCUGAUUCUGUCACUAAUAUAAUGACAAUGUACAUUGCUGCUACCACAACUAAAAGAGAAGAUUUGUUAAUAAGAACGAUUGAAAAUACAUAAACAGCCAGAAACUAAUGACCGUCACCACCAGAGCGUGAACAUGCUCCAAGUUCUGGGUGCUGGCAGCAAUGUUCUUUCAAUUCAGGAAAUUCUCACCAAAGAGCAAUUACAGCAAUCAGAAAAACUUAAUGGAAUGAAAAUAGAAGAUAUCUCUGGAGAACAAGUAUCUUUGUUGUGCAGAUUUAUAUAAUAUUGGGAGCAAGGCAUGCCCACCAUAACAAACAGCAGUGAUAAGAAUUGUAGCACUGGGCAUCACAAUAGAGAGGAGGGAGAGACCCAAAUAACCCCAAAAACUAAAUAAAUCUGGGAAAUGAACGUCACUAAUGGACAAUUUGUCUACUAUUUAGCAUUACAAAAUAGUUCUUCAUUGUUGGAUUAAAAGUAGUUUAUGUGUAAUUUUAAUUACUGAAAUACAUCUUCCACCCAUAUUUUUGAGAAUUUUGUUAGUGUUUAGAUUGAUGAUGUAGUAGCAUGAAAUGUACAGAUAAGUAGAGGUAUCCAUCUUUAGUUUUAAUCAGUCAUCUUGUGCAUUGUGGGUGUGUUAGCAAUAUCAGUGCGCAUUGUUUACAACACUUAAUGUCUCUUGGUGCCGUUUCUGUUUUCUGCUCUUUUCAGCAGCUGACAAAUUUCCGAUUUAUGGAGAUGUAUGCGAGACUCCAAUAAAUCCUUCAGAGAGACAUCACGGAGCGGACAGCGACAUGUUCAGAUAUUCUGGAAAAGGUGAGAAGAUGGUGCCCUGAGAUGGAUUUUUAAUGGAGGUAUCUAGAAAUGAUGAGUUAACAUGUGGCCAAACAUUGUAAGUGGAAAAAUCUGUGUGAGCUGUGAGACAGAGAGAGAUGGGAGACUGAGCUGUGAGAGAGAGCUGGGAGACUGAGCUUCGAGACAGAGGCUAGGAAGAGAGAGCUGGGAGAUUGAACUCUAAGACACAGAGAGGUGGGAGGGAGCUGGGAGACUGAGCUACAAGACAGAGCCUAUAAAUAAAGUGGGGAGAAAGAGCCCAGAGAGAGAGCUGAGAGACAGAACUACGAGAGAGAGCUGGGAGAGUACCGCAUCUGUACAGAGCGAAUCCCUCUUCCCCAUCAGUACAGAGCGAAUCCCUCUUCCCCAUCAGUACAGAGCGAGUCCCUCUUCCCCAUCAGUACAGAGCGAGUCCCUCUUCCCCAUCAGUACAGAGCGAGUCCCUCUUCCCCAUCAGUACAGAGCGAAUCCCUCUUCCCCCUGAGUACAGAGUAAGUCCCUCUUCCCUGUCAGGAAAACAGAGAUAUAAAUAAUACGACAAGUAAUCAUCAGGAAGACAGAGAUAUAAAUAAACGAUACAAGUUAUAUUCAGGAAGACAGAAAUAUAAAUAAACAAUACGAUAAGUCAUAUUCAGGAAGACAGAGAUAUAAAAAAUACGACAAGUAAUCGUCAGGAAGACAGAGAUAUAAAUAAACGAUACGACAAGUCAUAUUCAGGAAGACAUAGAUAUAAAUUUAAAAAAUACGAUAAGUCAUAUUCAGGAAGACAUAGAUAUAAAUUUUAAAAAUACGACAAGUAAUCGUCAGGAAGACAGAGAUAUAAAUAAACGAUACGACAAGUCAUAUUCAGGAAGACAGAUAUAAAUAUGACAAGCUGUGUAAGGAAGACACACUAGUCAGCUGGAUUGAAAUAUAAAUGAUAAGACAAGCUGUAGUCAGGAUUCAUAUAAAUGAUAAGAGAAACUGGAUCCCGGAUACAGGCGCAAGCUAUAAAACAAGCUUCAGGCAGCUGUUAUUCAUUUCUGAAACCUAAUGAUCUUUAGUUCAGUCUAGUGGUUUUUUGAUUGGGCAACUAAAAUUAUAGAUCAGGGUGGUGCCGUAGACAUUGCUUACCUAGAUUUCAGUAAGGCUUUUGACACUGUUGCACAUAGAAGGCUUAUCAAUAAACUGCAAUCUUUAAGUUUGGAUUCCAAUAUUGUUGAAUGGGUAAGGCAGUGGCUGAGUGACAGACAACAGAGGGUUGUAGUUAAUGGAAUAUAUUCAAAGCUUGGACUUGUCACCAGUGGGGUACCUCAGGGAUUUGUACUUGGCCCCAUUCUCUUUAAUAUUUUUAUUAGUGAUAUUGCAGAAGGUCUUGAUGGUAAGGUAUGUCUUUUUGCUGAUGAUGCUAAGAUAUGUAACAGGGUUGAUGUUCCAGGAGGGAUAAGCCAAAUGGCAAAUGAUUUAGGUAAACAAGAAAAAUGGUCAGAAUUGUGGCAACUGACAUUUAAUGUGGAUAAGUGCAAGAUAAUGCAUCUUGGACUUAAAAACCCAAGGACAGAGUACAGAAUAUUUGAUAGAGUCCUAACCUCAACAUCUGAGGAAAGGGAUUUAGGGGUGAUUAUUUCUGAUGACUUAAAGGUAGGCAGACAAUGUAAUUGAGCAGCAGUAAAUGCCAGCAGAAUGCUUGGUUGUAUAGGGAGAGGUAUUAGCAGUAGAAAGAGGGAAGUGCUCAUGCCAUUGUACAGAACACUGGUGAGACCUCACUUGGAGUAUUGUACACAGUACUGGAGACCGUAUCUUCAGAAGGAUAUUGAUACCUUAGAGAGGUUCAGAGAAGGGCUACUAAACUGGUUCAUGGAUGGCAGGAUAAAACUUACCAGGAAAGGUUAAAGGAUCUUAACAUGUAUAGCUUGGAGGAAAGACGAGACAGGGGGGAUAUGAUAGAAAAAUUUAAAUAUAUAAAGGGAAUCAACACAGUAAAGGAGGAGACUAUAUUUAAAAGAAGAAAACUACCACAACAAGAGGACAUAGUCUUAAAUUAGAGGGACAAAGGUUUAAAAAUAAUAUCAGGAAGUAUUACUUUACUGAGAGGGUAGUGGAUGCAUGGAAUUGGCUUCCAGCUGAAGUGGUAGAGGUUAACACAGUAAAGGAGUUUAAGCAUGCGUGCGAUAGGCAUAAGGCUAUCCUAACUAUAAGAUAAGGCCAAGGACUAAUGAAAGUAUUUAGAAAAUUGGGCAGACUAGAUGGGCCGAAUGGUUCUUAUCUGCCGUCACAUUCUAUGUUUCUACCCUCUGAGCUGUCCGAAAGAGUGUAAAGAACUUUAUAACAGUUCUUGCUUUCUCUUGAAAUUGUCUCUUUUAUCAUAUAAGUCAAAGGGAACACACUGGAGGGGCAGCAACAGCGUAUAGGAGGGGCAGUUUGGGUCAGGAUCAGUAAGAAGGAAGCAGAUCUUGUGUCUGGGGUAGUAAGAUGGAAAGAGUGCUUUGUUUGCAGCAGUAAGAAGGAACAGAGCUUGGUUCAGGGACAGAAAUAUGGAGGCAGGGCUUGGUUUUGGAGCAGUAAGAAGGAAGCAGGGCUUGGGUUUUGGAGCAGUAAGAAGGAAUCAGGGCUUGGUUUUGGAGCAGUAAGAAGGAAGCAGGGCUUGGGUUUUGGAGCAGUAAGAAGGAAGCAAGGCUUGGGUUUUGGAGCAGUAAGAAGGAAGCAGGGCUUGGUUUUGGAGCAGUAAGAAGGAAGCAGGGCUUGGGUUUUGGAGCAGUAAGAAGGAAUCCGGGCUUGGUUUUGGAGCAGUAAGAAGGAAGCAGGGCUUGGGUUUUGGAGCAGUAAGAAGGAAGCAGGGCUUGGGUUUUGGAGCAGUAAGAAGGAAGCAGGGCUUGGGUUUUGGAGCAGUAAGAAGGAAGCAGGGCUUGGUUUUGGAGCAGUAAGAAGGAAGCAGGGCUUGGUUUUGGAGCAGCAGAAAGAAGGAAGCAGAGAUUAGUUCUGGAGCAGUGCAAGCUGUAAGGUUUGAUUCUUGUGCAGUAAGAAGAAAGUAGGCCUUGGUUCUAGAGCAGCAAGAAGAAAGCAGGGAACAGUUCUGAAAGCAGAACUUUGUUCUGGAACAAUAAGAUGGCUAAAUUCUGGAGCUGUAAGAAGAAAAGAAGGCUUGGUUCUGGAGCAGCUAGAAGAAAGCAAGGCAUUUUUCUGGAGCAGUAAGGAAGCCAGGCUUGGUUCUGGAGCAGUAAGGAGGAAGCAGGGCUUGGUUCUGGAGCAGUAAGGAGGAAGCAGGGCUUGGGUUUUGGAGCAGUAAGAAGGAAGCAGGGCUUGGGUUUUGGAGCAGUAAGAAGGAAGCAGGGCUUGGGUUUUGGAGCAGUAAGAAGGAAGCAGGGCUUGGUUUUGGAGCAGUAAGAAGGAAGCAGGGCUUGGUUUUGGAGCAGCAGAAAGAAGGAAGCAGAGAUUAGUUCUGGAGCAGUGCAAGCUGUAAGGUUUGAUUCUUGUGCAGUAAGUUUCUACCCUCUGAGCUGUCCGAAAGAGUGUAAAGAACUUUAUAACAGUUCUUGCUUUCUCUUGAAAUUGUCUCUUUUAUCAUAUAAGACAAAGGGAACACACUGGAGGGGCAGCAACAGCGUAUAGGAGGGGCAGUUUGGGUCAGGAUCAGUAAGAAGGAAGCAGAUCUUGUGUCUGGGGUAGUAAGAUGGAAAGAGUGCUUUGUUUGCAGCAGUAAGAAGGAACAGAGCUUGGUUCAGGGACAGAAAUAUGGAGGCAGGGCUUGGUUUUGGAGCAGUAAGAAGGAAGCAGGGCUUGGGUUUUGGAGCAGUAAGAAGGAAUCAGGGCUUGGUUUUGGAGCAGUAAGAAGGAAGCAGGGCUUGGGUUUUGGAGCAGUAAGAAGGAAGCAAGGCUUGGGUUUUGGAGCAGUAAGAAGGAAGCAGGGCUUGGUUUUGGAGCAGUAAGAAGGAAGCAGGGCUUGGGUUUUGGAGCAGUAAGAAGGAAUCCGGGCUUGGUUUUGGAGCAGUAAGAAGGAAGCAGGGCUUGGGUUUUGGAGCAGUAAGAAGGAAGCAGGGCUUGGGUUUUGGAGCAGUAAGAAGGAAGCAGGGCUUGGGUUUUGGGAGCAGUAAGAAGGAAGCAGGGCUUGGUUCUGGAGCAGUAAGGAGGAAGCAGGGCUUGGGUUUUGGAGCAGUAAGAAGGAAGCAGGGCUUGGGUUUUGGAGCAGUAAGAAGGAAGCAGGGCUUGGGUUUUGGAGCAGUAAGAAGGAAGCAGGGCUUGGUUUUGGAGCAGUAAGAAGGAAGCAGGGCUUGGUUUUGGAGCAGCAGAAAGAAGGAAGCAGAGAUUAGUUCUGGAGCAGUGCAAGCUGUAAGGUUUGAUUCUUGUGCAGUAAGAAGAAAGUAGGCCUUGGUUCUAGAGCAGCAAGAAGAAAGCAGGGAACAGUUCUGAAAGCAGAACUUUGUUCUGGAACAAUAAGAUGGCUAAAUUCUGGAGCUGUAAGAAGAAAAGAAGGCUUGGUUCUGGAGCAGCUAGAAGAAAGCAAGGCAUUUUUCUGGAGCAGUAAGAAGGAAUCAGGGCUUGGUUUUGGAGCAGUAAGGAGGAAGCAGGGCUUGGUUCUGGAGCAGUAAGGAGGAAGCAGGGCUUGGGUUUUGGAGCAGUAAGAAGGAAGCAGGGCUUGGGUUUUGGAGCAGUAAGAAGGAAGCAGGGCUUGGGUUUUGGAGCAGUAAGAAGGAAGCAGGGCUUGGUUUUGGAGCAGCAGAAAGAAGGAAGCAGAGAUUAGUUCUGGAGCAGUGCAAGCUGUAAGGUUUGAUUCUUGUGCAGUAAGAAGAAAGUAGGCCUUGGUUCUAGAGCAGCAAGAAGAAAGCAGGGAACAGUUCUGAAAGCAGAACUUUGUUCUGGAACAAUAAGAAGGCUAAAUUCUGGAGCUGUAAGAAGAAAAGAAGGCUUGGUUCUGGGGCAGCUAGAAGAAAGCAAGGCAUUUUUCUGGAGCAGUAAGGAAGCCAGGCUUGGUUCUGGAGCAGUAAGGAGGAAGCAGGGCUUGGUUCUGGAGCAGUAAGGAGGAAGCAGGGCUUGGUUCUGGAGCAGUAAGGAGGAAGCCAGGCUUGGUUCUGGAGCAGUAAGGAGGAAGCAGGGCUUGGUUCUGGAGCAGUAAGGAGGAAGCAGGGCUUGGUUAUGGAGCAGUGAGCAAGCUGUAAGUUUUAACUCUGGUGCAGUAAAACAAGAGCAAUAGUUAGUUCAGGAGCAGUCAGAAGGAAGCAGGGCUUUGUUCUAGAGCAGACACCAAGCUGUUAGGCUUGACUCUGGAGUGGUAAGAAGAAAGUAGAGGUUAGUUCUUGAGAAGUAAAAGAAAGCAGGGCUUUGUUCUGGAGAAAUAAGAAGGAAGCAGAGCUUGGCUCUGGAGCAGUGAGAAAAACAGCUUGAUUCUGGAGCAGUAAAAAGGAAGCAGAGCUUUGUUCUAGGACAGAAGUAGGACUUUGUUCUGGUGCAGUAAAAAGAAAGCAGGGCUUAGGUCUGGAGCAAGGUUUGACUCUGGUGGAGUAAGAAUAAUGCAGGACUAGAUUCUGGAGCAGUAAGAAGGAAGCAGGGCUAAAUUCUGGAGUAAACAUAAAUAAAAAAGAUAAGAUUUACCCACAAUAAAUGUAUGAUGAGCUAGAAAAAUUACAGGAAGGAGCAUGUAAAUAGGGAGCUGUGUCAGGCUCUGUAGUAGUAGCUGUAUGGGUACCUCUACAGGCUAACGACCCAAUGUCCAAGCAGGAAUACCGGAGAGGAGGUAUAGAAAAAAUAUCCUUUAUUAAUCUUACACAAAUUAUAGGAUAAAAAGGCAGAUACACACUGACGCAACACCGCUCAAAAUGGAAUAGGGUACACAGCUUGAGCGAAUCAUCCGAUUGUGAGGAUACAUAAACCCAUCUGCGAGGAGAAUUAUUCAGCACUGAAGAAGGCUACGUGAGAGCCAAAACGUGUUUGUUUUAUUACUUGGGACGUGCUUAUUAGGCAUCGACCGAUUUUCGGUAUUUUCGGCAAUAUCGGUAUUGGGCAAUAUAGAUACCGAUAUUACCGAUAAUACCUCCCAGGACCGCUGGGCCCAUUACAAGCCCAGUGGUCCUGGGGGGGUGGGGGGCAGCACCAAGCGCUUACAUACCACCCAGCAGCUCCUCCAGCUCCCAUGUCAUAUCUCGCGAGUCACGCGGCCGCAGAACGUUGCCACGGGUUACCAUGGCAACGCUCCGCACGGCACUAAGGGCCGCGAGAUUUACACAGGGAGAUGAAGGACCUGCUGGGAGGUAUGUAACAGCUUGUUGCCGGCCCCCCCACUGCUCAGCCACUGGACCACCAGGGACUGCUAUAUCCCCCCCUCCCUGGUAAGAAGGAGGGAGGGGGGACUAAAAAAAAUGAAGCAUAUAAAUAUUACAAAUAAAAUUGGUAACAAGUGUGGAGAUUUUCUGAAAAAAUAUAAGAGCAGCAAAGUUUCAAUCAGAUUCCAGGCAGGGUAUACAUUUUCUAGCAUUCUCAGCAAAUCUUGCUUUGUGCUUUGUUCUGCCUUUUGCCAAAUGAGUACUACAUUUAAAUGGACACAAAUUACAUCCCUUCAGAAACACACACACACACACUCUGCAUUAUAUACACACACUACACAAACACAUACUGUAUUCAUUAUAUACACAACUAUACAAACACACACAUACUCUGAAUUAUACACACACUGCAUUUAUUAUAUACAUACACUACACAAAUGCAAACACACACUGCAUUCAUUAUAUACACACACUACACAAAUACAAACACACUGCAUUCAUUAUAUACACACACACUACACAAAUACAAACACACACUGCAUUCAUUAUAUACACAACUAUAAAAACACACAUACUCUGCAUUAUAAACACACUGCAUUAAUUAUAUACACACACACACACACACACUGCAUUCAUUAUAUACACACACUACACAAACACACACUACACACUGCAUUAAUUAUAUACACACUACACACACUGCAUUAAUUAUAUAUACACACUACACAAACACACACACUCUGCAUUCAUUAUAUACACAACUAUACAAGCACACAUUAUGCAUUAUAUACACACAGUACACAAACACACACUGCAUUCACUAUACACACAUUACACACACACUGCAUUCACUAUACACACAUUACACACACACUACACACACACAGUGCAUUCACUUUACACACACUACACACACACACUGCAUUCACUUUACGCACACUACACAAACACACUUUGUGUAGUGUGUAUAUAUAGUGAAUGCAGAGUGUGUUUGUGUAGUGUGCGUAAAGUGAAUGCAGUGUGUGUGUGUAGUGUGUGUAAAGUGAAUGCACUGUGUGUGUGUAGUGUGUGUGUAAUGUGUGUAUAGUGAAUGCAGAGUGUGUGUGUUUGUGUAGUGUGUAUAUAUAGUGAAUGCAAACACACACACUCUGCAUUCACUAUACACACAUUACACACACACUACACACACACAGUGCAUUCACUUUACACACACUACACACACACACUGCAUUCACUUUACGCACACUACACAAACACACACACUCUGCAUUCACUAUACACACUACACAAAUACACACUGGAUCCAUAAAAUAUCCUAUUUUCGUGUAAUUUUCAAUUAAAAUAACAUUUGAACCAGCUCAUUAAUCAUUUCCUGGAACCAUCCAAUAAGAAUAAUCUAUCAGAUUUUAAUUUGCCUAAAAAGAUAUCUUAUCUUAUAUUAGAGCAAAUCAAUACACCUGGAUAAAAACAGCGGUAUGCUAACACGUGAUAAUAUCACAUUAAUAUAUAAUUAUUCUUAAUUCCACCUGCAGAAUGGAAUGUUUAUAACUAUAUAUUCUUUAGUUAACUAAGAUUUCUAAAUAUUGAAAUCUGACCGUGAUUUAUCCAGUCAUAUAUCAUGCUAUUAGUAAAUUUUAAUUAAUUUAGAUUUUUACCAGUUAUAUAGAUAUUCUCAUCAGAUGAGUAGGAAGUCCCAGAAACUUGAAUGCGAGUAUGAUUGGUUGUAUGGAGGUGUGUAAGUAAUAGAGAAAAGUGAUGUUGGUUAGAAAGUAUCAGUAAAAUUCUAAGUGUCAAGGAGUGUUUCUUGAGUUGUGUCCAAGAGAGUUUGAGAGUUGAAUGUUAGUCCCAGAGAGUGUCCUGGAUCUCUCUGCAUGUCCGAAUCUGAAUGCCCAAAAACUAACCUCUCUCUUCCCUUUGUCCUAACUUUUAAAGGGCCAGACUCUCUGUACGUCAUUAGUUGAUAAGGCCAAUAGGAAACUGAAGGUGUGGUCAACCUGCAGAUCGCAAUUUAGGUAUUUGAUCCAUAGAGGGCAGUCUCGCCUCACUAAACCUUCCUAUCCAGGAAAGAGUUAACUUUUCCUGAUGACGAUUUUGACGUCAUUUGGCUUAUCUAAAAUGACUACCAUAACUUAAAUUUGCUGUCAGUUCAAAGCGUUUGCCUCAGUCUUUGUGGCAACUACUUUGAUUGUAAUUUCUAAAAUCGACAGUUCUAAACUCAAUUUCACCCCUUAUUUACAAUGGGACCUUGUAAAAUUUAGAAAGUAAAAUUAAUUACUUAGUCUUCUCUGUCACUAGUGUCUGUGUUUAAAAUUAUUUCUAUUCUAUUAACAUCUAAACAGAGCAUUCCAUCCCCUUGCUUCAUUGCUUAUCACUUGGCUUGUUUACAUAAUGCAUUCCUUCGCUCAGGCUAGUGGCUAGUUACAGAAAGGAAAGAAAUUUUGUGUCUGAUUUGCCUGAAAUCCAAAAUGGAGUCCGCUCUGUUAUGAGUGACUCUGGCAAUAUACACUUUUAAUUUUUAUCUUAGCACAAAAUGUCCGCCGAUAUAAAUAUCCUGACAUUAUGGGACACACUAUGUGGCAAUUUUUUGUUUGUAUUGGCUAUGUUAUAUUGCCUUUGGGCAGUGUGUUUACCUCUAUAGCCUCUUUUUUAUUUCUGUUUACCGUUAUAGCCCGGCAGUUCCAUCUUAUCCUAUAAUUUGUGUAAGAUUAAUAAAGGAUAUUACAAAAAGAUAAGUCCUGCGCUCACUCCCAUCACUCCUGGGCGUCAGCAAUGACCACAGUACACAUCAGCCCCAAUACAUACAGUAAAAACCAAAGAAAAAGUUACCUGCGCUCUCUCCUAAAUCCCUAUGUAUAUAUAAACAAAUGGAGGUCAUUUAGUUACCGCCCAUCCCAUGUGUUUCCUAUUAAGGGUUAAUAAGUAUAUAGGGGUGUGUGAUGGACCCGCCGUCAAUCAAUGCUCCUAGUGCUUACCAAGGACCAUCAGCACCGCCCCAGACACCAUAAGCACUGCAGACCCCACAAACCGCCACAGCUUGGUUGGGGUCUCGGGAGAAUUGCAUAAAAGCAGAGUGUGUGUCAUUAAACCAGAGUUCUUCACCCUCAAUCUAGAGUCCUGUCUCUUAUUGGGGGAAUUACUAUAUCACUACAAGGGAUUGCUAUGCUCUGCAUGCUCUCUUGGAUAAUCACUUCUAAGCUCUUUUAAGAGCUUCUUCCUGCUUCACUCUCUUGGAGGAGAGGUUCACCCACUGGAACCUGAAGCCUUGACAUAGGUCCAGGGUGGGUAGGAGACGGCGAGACCCCAACCAAGCUGCGGCGGUUAGUGGGGUCUGCGGUGGUUGUGGUGUCUGCGGAGCGCUUGGAGCCCUUUGGAAGCGCUAGGAGCAUCCUUCAACAGAGGUACCCAGUCGGGGUGCCAGGUGAUCCGUUACAGAGGGUAAAACAGGAACUUAGCAGAUCUUAGGGUUUAUUUAACAGCUUGGUUAUUUAUACAGUGGAUACAGGAACAACAAGCCAAUUGAUAGCCCCGAUCUGGGUGAACAACAUAUCCAAAAAUCACCCAGAUUGGUUCAGGGGUUCAGGAAUUUCCUGGAAGUCUUUUUUUUUUGGACGCACCGUGCACAUGGUCCCAUGCCUAAAAUAGUUCCAUACACACAACGAAAAAACACUGCUGGACAAUUUAAGAUGGCCGCCGCCACCACAUGUUUGAAUCUGUUCCAGUUAAAAGUCCAAGGGGCAGAAACAGUACUUUUGAACAUGUGUUAUCACAGUGCCCAUAGUCCCAGGGUAGGAGGCUGGCAAACAGGCCCCUCCAAAUACCAGUGGCGAGGUUACUUUCACCACAUAUCUUCCCCCCCACGGGAAGACUAACCAGGUACCUGACUUCCUGCCAGUCGGUACCUGUGUUAGUCUGGCAGCCCACCCACAACCAACAAUAGCUGGACCUGGUGAAUUUGGUAGCCUGUCUCUGUCCAGUGAGCUGACAAACAGGCCCCUCCAAAAACCAGUGGCGACGUUACUUUUGUCGCAGGGUCUAUAUAAAAAAAUACCCCUCUCUAUCUCAUUAGAGAUAUCUUUGCCAGAAGAUCGAGGAAGCAAGGUGAAGGGUCAGUGUAGGACCCGCCUAGGGGGGGUCUGCCUUGACGUUGGCAGGCGGACAUUCACUCCAUUGGCUAGUGGAGAAUCUAAAUGACCUCCAUUUGUUUAAAUAUACAUAGGGAUUUAGGAGAAAGUGCAAGUAACUUUUUCUUUGGUCUUUACUGGAUAUUUUUUCUAUACCUCCUCUCCGGUAUUCCUGCUUGGACAUUGGGUCGUUAGCCUGUAGAGGUACCCAUACAGCUACUACUACAGAGCCUGACACAGCUCCCUAUUUACAUGCUCCUUCCUGUAAUCUUUCUAGCUCAUCAUACAUUUAUUGUGAGUAUAUCUUAUCUUUUUAAAUAUGUUUACUAUUCUAAGGUGAAAGGGGAGUACACCUUGUUAUACCUAUCUACUACUUAUCACCCUUUUUGAAGUGCCUACACCAAGCAUGUCAAACUCAAAGUCUAGCAAGGGCCAAAUAAACAAGGUUUAAGUUUAUGUGGGCCGCAAAAAAAACCAAAAACUUAACUUUUAAUGGAUACGUAGGUUUAUUUUGAAAAGUACUGUAUUAAAAAAAACCCUCUACUAAACCCCAGCCCCCCUCGUCUACUAAAUCCCAGCCCCCCCUCGUCUACUAAAUCCCAGCCCCCCCUCGUCUACUAAAUCCCAGCCCCCCCUCGUCUACUAAAUCCCAGCCACCACCCCGUCUACUUAAUCCCUAAAUCCCAGUCCCCCUUGUCUACUAAAUCCCAGCUCCCACCCCGUCUACUAAAUCCCAGCUCCCACCCCGUCUAUUAAAUCCCAGUCCCCCCCUCGUCUACUAAAUCCCAGCUCCCACCCCGUCUAUUAAAUCCCAGUCCCCCCUAGUCUACUGCUAUCCCACAAAAACCAAAAACCCUUGUCUACUAAUACCAUUUCCCCCCUAGUCUACUAAAUCCCAUUCCCCCCCUCGUCUGCAAAUCCCAGCUCCCACCCGUCUACUAAAUCCCAGUCCCCUCGUCUACCGUCCCAUUUCCCUCGUCUACUAACCCCAUUCCCUCUCUCAUCUACCAAAUCCAGCCCCCCUUGUCUACUACACCCCCAGCCCCCCCCCCUCAUCUACACUAAAUCCCAUUUCCCCCUUGUCUACUAAAUCCCAGCUCCCACCCGUCUACUAUAUCCCAGUCCCCCCUGUCUACUAAAUCCCAUUUCCCCCUCGUCUACUAAAUCCCAGCCCCCCACCCGUCCUACUAAAUCAACCCCACCCCGUCUACUAAAUCCCAGCCCCCACCCGUCUACUUAAUCCCAUUCCCUCUCUCAUCUACUAAAUCAGCCCCCCACCCUGUCUACUAAAUCCCAGUCCCCCUUUGUCCUACUAAAUCCUAUUCCCUCGUCUACUAAAUCCCAUUUCCCGUCUACUAAUCCAGCCCCCACCCGUCUACUAAAUCCCAGCCCCCCAUCCGUCCUACUAAAUCCCAGCCCCGCCCGAUCUACUAAACCCCAUUCCGUCUCUCAUCCUGCAAAUCCCAGCCCCUGGUCUACUAAGCCCCAGCCCCCGUCUACUAAACCCCUAGCCCCCUCGUCUACUAAAUCCAGCCACUCCUUACUAAUUUAGCAGACUCUGAUAGGAUAUUGUGUUGCAGCUAUUUAUUAUCAACACAAUCCAAAUAUUCUAAAAAGACAAAAACAAUCCAUUUGUUGAUAGGAUUAUAAGUAGAGAGUUUUGAUCUAUGUUCAUGAUUAUGUAUUACCAUCUGUUGGUGUCUUCCUAGGGCUCUUAGUUAGUAUUAAUAGAAUUUCCAAUACAGAACAUCAAGAGUAGCUUAGAUAUUUGCAAAGAUGCUGUCAAUACACUGCUAUGUAUUUGUUUUCUCAAAAUAGUGUUUUCUUUUCUUAAGAGAUUGCACCUCUUUAUGGAAUGAAAGAUAGUGCAUCUGAAGCUGUGGCAAAUGAUGUCUUAUACAGACCUCCCAGACGGCGCAACCGCAGGACAAAAUGUGACCCGGUGAAAAUGCCCCGGAUAUUUUCAACAGAUGUUCCAGUGUCUAGCAGAGCAUUUGGGAACCUGCCUAUCAGUCAUCAACAUCACAAUCUACUGAAGUCUGGUCUACACCUUGCCAGGUCGGAAUUUGUGGACAGCCUAGAACCUUCACUAACACACAACUUAAGCUCUUAUAUCUGUAUUGAGUGUGGACAAAGCUUCUCGUAUGAGAUUGCUUAUGUAGAACAUCUAAAAUUACACAACCCUGUAAGCCUGGAAGCAGACAGCAUGGUUCCUGCAGGGAACCAGAGCUGUGGUUCUAACACUAAAGUGCAUAGUUUAAGCCAGAAGAGAACAGGACGAGAAUUCAUGUGCACAGAGUGUGGGAAAACCUUUAUUGGGAAGUCUAAUCUUAUUGUCCAUCAGAGAACUCACACAGGGGAAAAGCCCUAUGGGUGCAUUUUCUGUGGGAAGCAUUUUGGGAGAAGCUCUGUUCUAAGAAAGCAUGAGAGGAUCCACACAGGAGAGAAACCCUAUGCCUGUCUUUAUUGUGGAAAACAAUUCAGUCAAAAUUCAGGUUUGAAGAACCAUGAGCGAAUUCACACAGGCGAGAAACCAUAUGCAUGUAUCGAGUGUGGAAGGCGCUUCAGUCAGAGUGCUGACCUUAUGGUUCACUACAGGACCCACACAGGAGAAAAGCCUUUUAUCUGCGUUGAGUGUGGGAACAGCUUCAUCCGCAGCUCAGACCUUGUUAUACACCAAAGAACUCACUCUGGGGUUAAACCUUUCACCUGUUCCGAGUGUGGAAAGAGCUUCAGCCAGAGGUCCCAGAUCAUACGACAUAGGAGAACCCACACAGGGGAGCGGCCCUUUAGCUGCCAAGUCUGUUGUAAAAGCUUCAUCCUCAGCUCAGAGCUGAAGAAACAUCACAGGGUUCACACAGGCGAGAAGCCUUAUAAGUGCAAGGAGUGUGGGAAAUCAUUCCGCCAUUGCUCCAACAUGAGCCGCCACCAAAAGAUGCACAUGGAUGGCGAAGUCCUUGCUAUAUGACGUUACAACCAAAUAAUGCAGUGUCCAUUCAUUUCACGUUUAGUUUGAAUAUUUUCAUUCUAGUUAUCUUGUGCCGAACUAUGUCCAUUUCCCCUGGUCUUUUUUUCAGUAAUUUUUAAUCCCUGAAUUAUAGUUUUGUCGUGGUUUACUUAGCCCUGAUUCUGCUUGCGUGAUCUACUCCCUGCUUGCAGUAUGUCACAUGGAUGAUGCACAUUGCAAUACUAAUAGAUGGAGCAUUAAACAACGCUUUCAAUAGAAAUAUAUACCUUCAUGUAUAAAAUAUUUGAUGAUACACGGUCUCCUUCUCUGGGAGACCUGCCCUAUCUUUGCCCUAGAGGAUGCAACUAAUUUUCUUCAUUCAAAAAUAUUCUUUGUGUUUUAUGUUGUUUGUCCUCAGAAUUUGCCUUUUGUAUUAUUUCACUGAAAAUAAACUGUAAAUAUUUUAUUUUGAAAACACAUCAAAUAUACAUAGGAAAUCACAUAGAAAUAAGAGGCUUGCACUCAAAGCAUGUGUGAAAUGAAAAUGGGUCGUGAAAGAAGCCCAGGUAUUCUAUAUUAUAUGCAUUGAUAUACAAUGUUUAGUGGAUAAUAUUUAUACCUUUUACAUGUCUCAGGGUCCCCGAUUAUACCAGAAUUAAUUUGAUUAAUGUAGUAUUUGUCACAGUAGUGAAAGAAACUCUCUGUUCACUUCAAACAGAAAUGAUGUUUGUUAAUGAGAAAAGCAUUGAGCAGUGGGAACUUUGACAAUAGAAUCUCGUGAUAGGUGCAUAGGUCAGGCAGGCGUAAGGAGAAAGGGAUCUUAUUAGCUUUGAGAGCACAAGCUGUUUAGACCUCCAUGGUUCGGCUACUGAAAGGCUAUGCACAUGGCCUCUAGGGGGCACCAUAUUGGGAACUCAUAUGUGGGUGAAACUUCUCAGCUUCCUUCUUAUCUAAUACAAGAGAACAGAUGCCAACCUGUGACCUUUAUGAGAAGUCCUGGAGAGGAAGCAGCUGUCCUUUCACAUCAGAAUUAAAAGGAUUGCCUGUUGAGUGAUGGAAGAGGACAGCAUGAUCGAGGAAGGUCGGAGGGUGUCAGCAUAGACUGUCACAAACAUAACCUCCCCAGGCAGUCAUGUGCUUCAGUGGGUGAGAAGGUUAAAAACCAUGAUUUAUCACCACUAGACACAAAAUAAAGAUUUUUAAAAAUCCCUUUUAACAGUACCCACGUUUCAACAUAGCAAGCUACCACUACCAGAACAAAAAAUGGGGAGUCCUAGGUUCCCACAACCGAAUUAGAUUAAAAACCCACAAAACAUAAUUUAGCAAAAAUGUCUAUGAAACACAGUAUUAUUAUGUAAGUCUUUUCUGUAAAGUGAUUCUUAUACUAGACAAAAAUAAAACAUUUAUUAUGAGCAAAAAGGAUUUACAGCGUGUAUGAAUAUAUAUAUAUUACAAACAAAUGGACAGACACAGAGUAAGUAAAAGAAAACCGUAAUAAACACUGGACUUGAAAAGUAAUUGAACUCUUGUACUUGAGUAUCUCCACUAUGUCAGC